GUAGAGGUUGGAAUGGCUUUCUGUAAUAAACUUGGAGGUUUCAUGAGAAAGACAGUUUUACAUAAUGUUGGAUCAAUUGGGAAGGUGGGUUAUUUUCCAUCAGCAAUUCGAUGUUUAUCUACUAAACUCUUUAUUGGAGGCCUUUCAUAUGGAACUGAUGACAAGUCUCUUAUGGAAGCAUUUUCCAGCUUUGGUGAUGUCUCUGAAGCAAAAAUAAUAACUGACAGAGAGACGGGAAGAUCUAGGGGGUUUGGAUUUGUGAACUUUGUUGAUAAUGAAUCUGCUUCUGCUGCUUUACAAGCAAUGGAUGGGCAACCACUUCAAGGUCGGAAUGUUCGCGUUAGUUAUGCAACCGAGAGGCAGGGUCCUCCCCGAUCUAACUAUGGCAGUGGUGGUGGCUGGAGGGAAUGAUGCACUCUAGAUAUCGCAUUAUCUGUUUUUGUUUGCAUUUCAGUUUUAUUGAUCUUGUUUGCUUCCUUUAUUCUAUUCCAAAAUGUUAAAUAAAUAACAACUUCAAACUAAGACCAUGAAGUUAUUUUAUCAAAGAUGCAUUAAAAAAUAUGUGAUUUCAUCUUAUUAUAAGCCUUUUCUGUUCAUCUAUAAUAAUAUAAUUGUUCUAAUAGUACCAGAAUG